UCGCGUACGUUGUGGGUAUUUUCCAUUAGCAAAAGUAGAAAAUAUGAAACCAAAAUAACAUUUCUUUAAAUGCUUUCCUGAACUGAUAGGGCAGUCUCUUUCGGGACGUUUCGUUACUGCAACACCGCGCUGUUUCACAAUUGUUGUCAAGCGCGUGCCAGUCCGAAAGAGUGUGAACAGCGAAUAUUGCAUAAGUCACUGUUUGAAGAUUUCCCUUUGAGAGAAGUUAGACUCGCUGUAGACCUUUGGUCGACACGCCGUACUAUUCGUUUCGAUUCGCCCGUGCUUCAUCUCGCUCGCUGGCUGGCUUCACAUGGAAGGAUUCUUCUACAGGAAAUCAACCUGUCGCCGUGUGGGGUUUGAUCGGAUACCUGACACAAUUUGGGGUUUAUCGCAGUGCUGAGUAAUCACGAUUGAAAGAAGUGAAUAAUGCCCAAAGAUUUCCACUGGUCCCACUGCUGCAGAAAUGCCCUGAGGCUAAAUCUGGACUGAAGCCAAGGUGAUAGGCAUUGAGGAUGAGUGCUGUCGGGGAAAACUCGUCGGACCCUGCCAGGUCAGAGGCUCAAAAGCGCAAGGAAUGCCCUUCAGACCUCCUGGGUCCAAGUCCUAAACGAAGCACUGAGAAACGUAACCGGGAACAUGAAAAUAAAUACAUAGAGGAGCUCGCAGAGCUGAUUUUCGCGAACUUCAGUGAUAUCGACAACUUCAAUGUUAAGCCUGACAAAUGUGCAAUCCUAAAGGAAACUGUCAAACAGAUUCGUCAAAUUAAAGAGCAAGAAAAAGCUGCUGCAGCCAAUGAGGAUGAAGUGCAGAAGGCUGAUGUGUCAUCGACAGGCCAAAGUGUUAUUGACAAAGAUGCCCUUGGACCAAUGAUGCUGGAGGCCUUAGAUGGGUUCUUCUUUGUGGUGAACAUGGAGGGGAACAUCGUGUUUGUGUCAGAGAAUGUGACGCAGUACCUGCGGUAUAAUCAGGAAGAGCUGAUGAACACCAGUGUUUACAGCAUCCUGCAUGUAGGAGACCAUAACGAGUUCAUCAAAAACCUCCUGCCCAAGUCACAUGUGAACGGAGUGCCGUGGUCCAGCGAGAAUCCUCGGCGGAACAGCCACACCUUCAACUGCCGCAUGCUCGUGAACCCUCACAGCGAGGCCGAAGAGACGCAGGAUCACGAGGCACAGCAGAAAUAUGAGACUAUGCAGUGUUUUGCUGUGUCUGAACCAAAGUCCAUCAAGGAGGAGGGAGAAGAUUUCCAGUCGUGUCUGAUCUGCGUAGCGCGGAGAGUUCCCAUGAAAGAGAGACCCAUGCUCCCCACGCACGAAAGCUUCACCACCCGCCAAGACCUCCAAGGUAAGAUCACCUCCCUGGACACCAGUCUGUUACGAGCCUCUAUGAAACCAGGCUGGGAAGACUUGGUGAGGAGAUGCAUUCAGCGCUUUCACCUCCAGAACGAUGGAGACAUGUCAUUCGCCAAGAGGCAUCAGCAAGAAGUGCUAAGGAAUGGGCAGGCGUUCAGUCCCAUCUACCGGUUUUCCCUGUCCGACGGGACCAUCGUCUCCGCUCACACCAAGAGCAAACUGGUUCGGUCACCUGCUACCAACGAGCCACAGCUCUACAUGUCACUGCACAUUUUACAAAGGGAGCAGCCCAUCUGCGGCAUGACCCCUGAUCUUGGAAAUGCUCCGAAUAUGGGCAGAACCAUGAAUCCCAUGAGUUCUCCCAAUACAGCAUGUUCCUCCGGUGCCCCCCAGGGACAGGAUGCCACCAUCAGUAGCAACACAUCCACUUUCCCCUCUCCUGGUGGCCAGAAGGAGCCCGGCGCCAUCGGCCCGGUACAGGGCCACCGUUUUGGGUGCCCGGGAACUAUGAGCCAUUCGGCAACCAUGCAGGCGGCCACACCUCAGGGCAGUGGCUAUCCACUGAAGUUGAGCAGCCCUUCUCAGGGCAGUCCGGGCAUGCUUUCUCCACGCCACCGAGCCAGUCCCGGAAUGGUAGGAUCUCCACGCUUGCCCCCGCCGCAGUUCUCCCCAGCAGGCAGCUUACAUUCACCUGCGAGCAUGUGCACUAGCAGUACAGGUGGCAAUGGGGGAGCAGGCGCGAAUCAUGGUUACACAAGCAGUUCCCUGAAUGCCCUCCAGGCACUUAGCGAGUGCCAUGUUGUGAGCCACGGCCAAUCACUGGGCUCGCCCGACAGGAAGUUGGGGUCACCAGCCGCAGUGGGCGGCAGUCUUCACAUGCUGAACAAAAUGGGUGCCUCAGAAUCAUUCGGAGAGCAGAACCAAUCAGAGCAGGGUAACGGUGGGCAGGAUGAUGGCAUCGAACAGCCAAGAGACGAAAAGGGCAACCUUGGCCAGUUUAACAACCCGGAUGCCAGUGAUCCGCAGAACCGGCUACGUGACAACAAAGGCCAUACUAAACUCCUGCAGCUCCUCACCACUAAAACGGAGCCUAUCGAGUCCACCUCACCCCCUCCAAUGGCUGGUGGAGAGCCCGGGUGUAAGGACCCCAAUGGCGGCCCAGGGAAUGGUGGCAUAGGCGCUCAAACCGGAGCCGGGACGCAUGGCACUUCCCUGAAGGAGAAACACAAGAUCCUUCAUAGACUUCUCCAGAACAGCUCGUCACCCGUCGACCUGGCCAAACUCACAGCCGAGGCCACGGGGAAGGAGCUAUGUCAGGAUACUGCAGGUGGGGUGGCCGGUGGGGCUGAAUUAGCCAUUAAACAAGAACCCGUCAGUCCCAAGAAGAAGGACAACGCCCUGCUGCGCUACCUACUGGAUAAAGAUGAUAAUGUACUUAAGGAUAAAGGCAUCAAAAUGGAACCUGGUGAAAUAAAGGUGGAGGGCAGUAAGAUGCCAGGAAUUAAGAUGGAGAAAAAUGAUGGCGGCUAUGACCGUGUGGAGUCGUCGAGUGAGUUGGAUGAUAUUCUGGAUGAUCUGCAAAACAGUCAGCCGGGCCUGUUCUCAGAUUCCCGGCCUGUGUCUUUGCCUGCUGCUGUGGACAAGCAGUCAAUCAUCAAUGACAUCCUGCAGAUGACUGGAGAGGGUGGAGCCAGCCUGGGUCCCCAGCAACAGAGAGCACUGCAGGCUGUGGGCCAACAGAUUUUCAGUGCGCAGCGACCGGGUCAGCCCGGCAGAGCUCCUCCGGUCAGAAGCGUGUCGUUGGAUAUGAACAUGCCUGCUAAAGGAGCUCAGGGUCAGUACCCUCAGAUGAGGAACAACAGCCCCUACUCGCUCAUGCAGCAGCAAGGCAUGAUGGGAAACCACAGUGUCAUGCCUAAUCAGCCCAACAUGGUCAAUGCAGGAGUGAUGGGUAAUAACGGUCCCCGUGUAGGUAUGCAACAGGAAGGUUGGGGCGCACAGGGUCCCGGUCCCGUCGGAAACGCGGCUUCACCCGUCACAACUGCUCCCGCCGGCCAGCACUCUCUCCCGCAGGGGGCGCUCCACUCUCGCAUGGUGCCCAACUCUGGCGCAGGCAUGCCCAUGAGACCCAACAGCCAGCCUGGACCCAGACAGAUGCUUCAGUCCCAGAUGAUGUCCAAUGCCCAGUCAAACAUGGACAUGGGCAUGGCUGGCCACCAGUUUCCCCAGCAACAAGCACCGCCCAAUCAGACGGCUCCAUGGCCAGACAGUGUGAUGCCUAUAGAGCCGGUGCCAUUUGGGAACCAGAACAGCUCUAUGUAUAGCGGUUCUCAGGAGGAUGUUCUGUGCCCUCCUGCCCCUGAGGGUCCGGCCGAUGAGGGUGCUUUGCUCAGCCAGCUCUACACAGUUCUCAAAGAUUUUGACGGCCUAGAGGAGAUCGACCGUGCUCUAGGCAUCCCGGCUUUAGUGGGACAGUCUCAGCCGGUGGAGCAGGAUCAGUUCCCCGGUCAGGACCCCAGUAUGAUGAUGGAUCAGAAGCCUCCCAUGUACGGCCAGCAGCAGUACGCCGCCUCCCAGGCCCACAUGCAGCAGGGCGGCUACACACCCAUGCAGGACCCCAGCUUCCACGGCAUGACGGCACAGAUGGGGCAGAGGCCGGGCUACCCCAUGCUCCGCAUGCAGGCCAGACCAGGACUCAGGCCCACCGGGGGCGUCCCCACCCAACCCAAUACACUCAGACUGCAGCUGCAGCACAGGCUACAAGCACAGCAGAAUCGUCAGCCUAUGAUGAAUCAGAUGACUGGAGUGUCAAAUAUGAACCUACCUCUAAGACCCAACGUUCCUAAUCAGGGGACAAUCAAUGCUCAGAUGCUGGCCCAGCGGCAGAGAGAGCUGCUGAGUAAUCACUUGCGCCAGCGUCAGCUGGACCAACAACGUCAGCAGCAGCAGCAACAACAGCAGCAGCAGCAGCGCAGCAUGGUCAUGCGAGCCCAGGGCCUCAACCUGCCACCCAACAUGGCAGCGGCCGCAGCAGGCAUGCCCGGAGCCAUGAGCAACCCACGGAUCCCCCAGGCCAACCCCCAGCAGUUCCCCUAUCCGCCCAACUACGGUACAGGACUGGCCUCGCCGCCCCCCUCCAGCAGCCCUUUCUCCCCCGGUUCUCCCAACCUCCCCGCCCCCCAGCUCCUCUCCCACAGCGCCAUGCAUGGCUCUCAGAUGAGUCUAGCUAACCAGGGGAUGCUGGGCAGUCUGAGCGGACAGUUUGGGGCUGUUAUGAGCCCUCAAAUGCAGCACAGUGCCUUUCAGUUCCCCAGCUCAGGUAUGAGUCAGCAGUCGGACGGCGGGUUCGGAGGCGCCGCCACCCCUCAGAGCCCCCUCAUGUCUCCCAGGAUGGGCCACGCCCAGAGUCCCAUGAUGCAACAGGCGCAGGGCAACACCUCUUUCCAGUCCUCCCCUGACAUGAAUGGUUGGACACAGGGCAACAUGAAUGCCAACAGUAUGUUCACUCAGCAGUCGCCGCCUCAGUUCGGCCAGCAGGCCAGUAACAACAUGUACAAUAGUAACGGCAUGAACCUCAACGUGUCCAUGGCCACCAACUCAAGCAACAUGGGCCAAAUGGGCAACCAGAUGAGCAUGAACCCUGGACCUGGGGGCGGCAUGGCCAACAUGGCCCCUGAACAGCAGAAGUAUUGUUGACCUGGGGCAGACGACAUCCCAAUGCAGUAAAUGGAGUUUAAUGAAGAUGUUUCAUGAGUGAUUUUCAGCCGCAGCAUGAUCACGGAGAGUUUGGAGUGAUGCUGUGCUAUUUAAGCUGCUAUCGGGCCUUACGGGUCUUUAGAGAGCCUGUCUACUGCCCCCUACCGGACAUCUCUAGAGGAUGCAUCAGGGGUAAUGGAGCUCAGAGGGGAUGGACACUCUCCCUCACACACAUACACUCACACACACACUGACACUUUGAUCUUCUGGACCUAGAACCCCCCCACCCCCACCCCCCUUCAGUCGAGGACGGCCUUCUGUCUGGUACUUACACUGCAAGCCCUUUCCGUCAGUCUGCUCCAUUGCAUUCACCGUAGUGUGACUUAGGUCUCCCCUGAAAAGACUCUGUGACAGUGGCAUCGGAAUCCUUGUCUCCCAUGAAUGUAUUCCUCCCUCUCUUUUUCCCUGUCUUUCUUCCUCUGGACUUCAGGCUCUUCUUAAGACGACGUUCUUUUUGCCCAACCAUCUUUCUCUCGGACUCCUUUCCAAUCUGACGUUCCAAAACAGGCAAGAGGACUGCAUUUGAAAUCCACACUCAAAAUUCAGCCAUUUUGCCUUUUUGUUUUCUUUUCUGUUUUGUUUCAGAGUGCAAAUAAAGAUAGAAUGAUGUUGAAAUGGCAUCGACAUAUAGAUUAUAAGACUUCAGAUGAUGGUUUGUAAAACUAGACUUAAUUUAGACAAGAGGUUUAUUGUGUAUUAAAUUAAGUUUUAUUCUAAUGUAUAGUUUCUUUUUUAAAAUAAAACUGUAGAUUUCUUUAUAAAGCAUCGGUUAGAAAGAGAAAAAUCACUCAGAGUGCAUAUGAAUUGCCUCAGAUUAAGAAAAACGUUCAACAUACCUAUGGAUUGUGUUUUCCUUGGUCCAGUAGUUUCAGAAAGAACGUGAGUUUUGUGGUUAGUAAAAUGAAAUGCUGGUAGAUUGUAAAUACCAAUAAUGGGAAGGGGGAAAUCUGUUUCAUAUUAUAUUUAUUUUUUGAUUUUGUUUUUCAAUGUAUUCUCCCUUCCUCCCCUCAAAGUCCGGUCUUAACUGUUUCUGGAACUGAGUUUCCCGCGACGAGCGUACGUUUGGCGGGAAGAUGAGGAUGCGCUGAUUCCUAUGGUAGCCUACUAAGAAAGGGGAGCUGGGGUGAGGUGGUCCUUCUUUCCUGUGUGGGGGUCUGGGAGGGUGCUGUGUGUACAGUGUACAGAUACUCGCUUGCUUCUAAGCUUUUAGCCGGGAGCCCCACCGGAGGAACCCAACACAGCCAUAAACUCAACACUGAAGCGUGCUUUCUUUGUUGUGUGGAGUGAAGUGCUUCAUGCCAGAUGCUGUAGGUACAAGGUGUGUGUAAGAAAAGACAACAAGCAAUAAAUAUUACUUGAGGUUUUGUUUUGUUUUGUAAUUUUUGUACAGGACUUUUCAGGAGACACAUUUUUGCUCCCCGGUUCAAGCAAACUCAGUAUUAAAUACUUUUUUUUUUUUUUUCGUGGUUUCUAUUUUGAGAAAUACAACAACGAGAUGUCCAAAACUAAUUGUUCCUCAGUGAAACGCAGUUUUAAGUUCUGGUGUAGCCAAAAAAUAAUAAUAAAUAAAUAGCAUCAUUUCUGUUUUGCGUGGCUAUAUUACUACAUUCACACUUAACGCUCGCCGUCUUGAAAUGUCGGAUCAAUGAUACAGAUUUGGAUCACUACAGGCACGUGAAUUCUUUUAACGCUGUAAUGUACGCAAUAGCCUACAGUUCGUGUUUUCUAGCCUAUUUGAGGACGAAGCCAAAUUUCCUAUCCUUUGAAUUGAUCGGUAGACUUACACAUAAGUUACCACUUUCGUUUUGUUUUUGUCUCCUGUCUCUGCACACAGUUUGUAUCGGGGUUAAAUUGUCAGCUUUUAGCUUCCGCUGAAAAUAUCGCCAUGUCAUCUGUGUUUAAUCUGGUUUGUUAAAAAAAAAAAAACUAAAAUGUACGAUACUACAUGUUUUUAUUAAGUAUUUACUGUAUGUACCAGCAGCAACUGAGGUUUGCGACGACCAGCUCUGUCAUUAUGCGCUGAAGGUGUCGUGGUUGUGUACGAAUAUAGGCCUACCUGGUGUUCUGGUAUAGUUUAGCUUUUCCUUUUAAACACUGUACAUAUGAAUUCGUUUGGGUGAAACGUCACUCUGCCCACCAUUCAAAACUUUCAGUAUCCUUUGAGAAUCGCAUUCUCAUGCGAGUUAAACACUCGCUUGAGUCUUAAUAAUCGAUUUCCGUGCUAGCGUUCGUAAAGCACUCAUUUAUUCCGAGCUUUUUUGAUCACAAUUUCGAUGAAUGUUGGAUGCCUUGAACAAGGACUGCCAUCCAGACUCAUCUAUCAUUGGAGAAUAGCCAGUUUCGAGGUCGCACAUGCACCACAGCCCUCUCUGCAAAGUCCAAAGAUUGUCAAGAUUUUGAAAUAAAUAAUAAGCCAUGACGUGACGGUGGGGCAGAGUUUUCUAGUCUUUUUAUCAGUGCUAGUGCAAAAAGAGCCAUUUGUCCUAAAAUAAAUAAAUCAACGGAAUUGUAACGGCUAUUGAAUUUCCUAAAUAUUUACCUUACCUUUUGGGGGUUUUUUCUGAGACUUUAAAUGUCUUUUUGUAUAGUCUGCCAAUUUCUUAGAGCUAAAUGCAACAACCUUAAAAUGCUAAAACUUAGCAUAUUGCCUUAGAUCUGUUUUACUGUCUUGUAUAUUACAAAAGUUGUCUGUAUUAUAUUUGUAUAGUGAAUCAUUGACAGGAUCAACCCAGUUCAAUACUGCUCAUCUAUUGCUGGAUUCCUAUAGGCCUACCUGUCUGUCUCUCUCUCUCUUUCUCCCUCACUGUCUCUCUCUCUCUCUCUCUCUCUUUCUCUCCUUCUCUCCUUCUCUCUCCUUUGUCUCAAUAUUGCUCAUUUUCCAUGCUUUGUUUGUGAUCAGUUGUGGGUUUUAUUAUUUGUACAGUCUUGAUUUUGCCCUCUCAGCUAUGUGUGAAAAUGAAGAUGAUGCAAUGGGAAAUCGAAGCAAUAUGUAAUUUAUAAGGACUUUUUGGAGAAAGCUUACAGUGUUGCGCUCCUGAGAUGUAUUUUUUUCCCCUUGCAGUUGUUGUCACAUAAACAUCUCUGUUCAUCCGCAUCGAUGUGUGUAAUCUUAGUGUGAGCCUUUUAUGCAAAGUUAGAUAUACCGAGAGAAAUUUAAAUACAGUUAUGCAAGUUGUCAACUAAUAUUGCUUUGCUGAUGCUAUUUGAUGUUGAAUCAAAUUGAAUUGUAAAUAAAGAAUUCUGUUAUUGCAACAUUUAUAAUCA